AUGUGGGGCGGAAGGACCGGCGCCUUGCUGCGGGUGUGGGGGCUGUGGCCCGCAGGGGUCCGCGGGCGGAGACCUCUAGGCUGCAAUGCUGCGUCUCUGGCCGGAAACAAUUCCCCCCAGUGUUGGAACUGCGGCGGCCCAGGAGUCCCCAAGCGGGGAGACGGGUUCUUCUGCCCACAGUGCCGCGCGCUGCAGCCACCUGACCUCACUCGAGAUUACUUCAGCCUCAUGGACUGCAACCGUGCCUUCGGAGUGGACACAGCGAAGCUCCAGAAUAGGUACCAGCAGCUACAGCGUCUUGUCCACCCUGAUUUCUUCAGCCAGAGGUCUCAGACUGAAAAAGACUUCUCAGAGAAGCAUGCGACCCUGGUGAAUGAUGCCUAUAAGACCCUCCUGGCCCCGCUGAGCAGGGGACUAUACCUUCUAAAGCUCCAUGGAGUAGAGAUUGCCGAAGGGACAGAUUAUGCAAUGGACCAACAAUUCCUCAUGGAAAUAAUGGAAAUCAAUGAAAAACUUGCAGAAGCUCAAAGUGAAGCUGCUAUGAAAGAGAUUGAAUCUAUUGUCAGAGCUAAACAGAAGGAAUUGAGUGACAAUGUGAGCAAAGCUUUUGAACAAGGCUCUCUUGUUGAUGUUGACCUGAGAAGCCACGUGUAGAUGCCUCAUCACCACGAUCAGUGCUCACCAUGACCAUGCCAAUGUCAAGAUGACCCAGUUAGUCAACUAAUAAUAAACAAGGAAAAAAGUGGACAGGAGACCUGGACUAAAGGAGACUCGAGAGACAAGGAAACCUAAUGCAGUGUUGAAUCAUGAUGCCAUCUAUAAAAAGACAUUUAGAGACACUUGGGAAAAUGUGAUUACAGAUUAGGUGAUUUUAUUUUUUAUAUAUAUUUUAAAAAUUCAUGUAUUUAUUUUGAAAGAAAGAGUGAGAGCAGGGGAGGGGCAGAGAGAGAGGGAGAAAGAGAGAAUCUCAAGCAGGCUCCACACUGUCAUCACAGAGUCCAAUGUGGGGCUUGAACUCACCAACUCCGAGAUCAUGACCUGAACCAAAAUCAAGAGUUGGACACUUAACCAACUGAGCCACCCAUGUGCCAUGGGUGUUUUUAAAGAAUUAUUACUUUUGUUAUGUGUGAUAAUAGCAUUUGGUUACUUUUCUCUCUUUUUUAAGCAUUUGUUAGAGAUAAACACUAAAACAUUCACAGAUAAAAUAUGACUCUGGGAUUUGAUUUAAAAUAAUCAUGAAAAACUCCCAUGACCUAAUACAGUAUUUCCUAUUUACAUAUCAUAUCCCCUUAUUAUCCUCAUAUGAACUUUUUUAUUUUUUAACUUUAGAGAGAGAGCGUACACAAGUCAGGAAGAGUGGCAGAGGGGGAGAGAGACAAUCCCAAGCAGGAGAGCCUGACACAGGGCUCAAUCCCUGACCCUGGGACCAUGACCCAAGCUGAAAUCAAGAGUCAGACGCUUAACUGACUGAGCCACCCAGGCACUCCUGUACACAUUUUUUUCAUACCUGUAGUCAAAAUAUAUCAAUACUUUUAUGAUCUGAACAUUUAUGAACAAAUGCUGCUUUUGAGAAGGCGCCCUUUGGUGGCUGGGUGGCUCAGUUGGUUAAGUGUCUCUUUGUUUCAGCUCAGGUCAUGAUCUUAUGGUUUGUGAGUUCAAGCCCCACGUCAGGCUCUAUGCUGACAGCACAGAGCCUGCUUAGGAUUGUCUCUCUUCUUCUCUCUCUGCCCCUCCCCUGCUCACACACACACACUCUCUCUCAAAAUAAAUAAAUAAACUUUAAAAAUAAGAUAAAGUAAAAAGUUCCAGUUAUUUUACCUCCAAAAGAUGCGUUUAUUCAGGAAUAAAAGAAAAUUGCAAUUUGGGUGAAAAAAGCUGCAGCAAAACCAUAGGCAAGUCCAGGGAACAAAAAGUCCCUUUUUAAGGAGAAAAGGGACAUGUCGUGGAGGCUGUUACAAACUAGAAGUCCAUUGGAGUAAACUGGGAGUUCGAAGUAUGGUGGCUUUUCAUUGGCUGAGCUGUUGCCUGAUAAGGAAAGCAUCUCUUCCUGGGCUGGAAUAGUAGAGUAGUAUCCACCUGCAAGAUCAAGUCUGGCUUUUCCUGUUGGGUUUGCAAUUGACUACAAGUAGUAGGGCAUGAGAGCUCCCCCUGCCAAACCCCCCCGACUUCAUUUUUUGGUGUGGUUUCCCAUUACUGAUUUUUCACACGACCCAUUUCCUAGUUCAUAGAUGGCCAUCUUUUUGCUGUGUCCUCACCUAAUGUGAGGGGCAAGGGAGUUUCUUUCAUAAGAGUAUUAAUCCCAUUCAUGAAGUCUCCACCCUCAUGACCUAAUCACCUCCCAGAAGCCCCAACUUCUAAUGCCACUACAUUAGGGGUUCAUAUUUCAACAUAUGAAUUUGGUGGUGGGGGGGUAGGGGUGGAGGGAAUAACACAAACAUUCAGUCCAUUGCACUUGUCAUAUUGAACGUAUUUAUUUCAAAAACAUUUAUCUGGGGUACCUGGCUGGCUUGGUGGGUGAAUCAUGCAACUCUUAAUCUCAAGGUUGUGAGUCUGAGCCCCACACUGGGUAGAGACUACUUAAAAAUGAAAAAAAAAAACCUUGGGGCAACUUGGUGGCUAGUUGGUUAAGUGUCCGGCUUUGGCUCAAGCCAUGAUCUCACAGUUCAUGAGUUUGAGCCCUGCAUCAGGCUCUGUGUGGACAGCUCAGAGCCUGGAGCCUGCUUUGGAUUCUGUGCCUCCCUCUCUCUCUGCCCCUCCCCUGCUCGUGUUCUGUCUCUGUCUCAAAAAUAAAUAAACAUUAAAAAAUUUUUUAAAUUAAAUAACAUUUAAAAAAUCUUAAGUAAAAACCAAAACCAUGUAUCCUUUGUCUGACUACAAAGUAACACAUAUUCCUUGGAAAAAAUAAAAGCUUAAAAUUUACACCCACAAAGUGCAAGUUCUGAUAACCCCACCCCUCAUGGGUCAUUGCCAUCAAGUUUGGUUUGGUAUCUUUUCUUCCAGAAGGGAUGAAGCUUAAUACUUUUGUAUUAAUAUCCUGUGAAGGUUGUUUCUUGCUAAGUUCUAUUAACUACUGUGAUUAAUUAUGUAGACAAAUUACUUAUCCUCUCUAAGCUUUAGUUUUAUCACCUUUAUAUAGAAUCAUACGUGUACCUGUGGCCCUGUUAUGAGAGUAAAAUGAGAAAAUGUGGA